UCAACAUUUUAUUAAAGUAGCUCCCAGUUGCUUUUUUAUUUUCGAAACUACAAUCGCUUUGUCAAAAUUGUGAAGAGUUGAAGCGAGCUUUCGGAUUCGUUGUGGCAUUGUGGUGCAGGUGAAAAUCGCAGUCUCGAAGAUGGACACCCCAGUGCCGGUGUCGAUGGUGCCCACCAGUCUCAACACGAUCCUCCUCCCCCGACCCAUUUCCAGUCCAGCCAGGACCAAAUCGCCGGAGAAUGAGUCGAUGGAUGCCGUUUUGGGCUCCAAGAAGGAUAAGGUGCCGCCGCCUCCUGCGGCUGCAUCCUCGUGGGUGAUCCCACUCCAAAAAGAAAUGGCUGAGAUUCGGGACUCUCUGAGGGCACAACCACAUGCCAGUGACGUCCGUCUGCUGAUCUUUGCGGCGGCGGCCAGCGGCCAGGAGCACCAGAAGACCCUCAUCCCAGUGCCACCGCAGUUCCAGGCGAGUCCCGGAUCCGGCUGCCAAGUGGAUCGACUGCGUCGUUCCGUGUCCGACAAUUGGCCAUCCUGCCGCCUCAUGUUGGACAUCCUGGGCGGAGAGGAGCAUUACGCCGACCUGACGCCAGACGAUAGGGAAGCCAUUCGCUUGCUCCACUGGCUCCUGGUGGCCAGCCCCUCAUCGCCCACGUUGCGCCGCAUGUCGGGACUGCAUUUGCGACGGCUCUGCAUGGUCUUGGGUCUGGCACGUCCCACCUUGGAGCCCGGUCAUCUCCUGAGCAUCAGCUACGAAAGCCAUGACCAUCAGAGCAGGGAGCAGCUGAUGGAGUAUCCAAAGCCACGGGGGCACCAGCCCAGCUAUGCCUUCCUGGGCCUGCCAUUCAACCAUUUGUAUCGCUUCCUGGCCACUGGCAGCCUGGAGCAUCCUCCGGGUGAACCCAUCCGUUUGUAUGCCCAGCCGGAAACGGCCUUGGUUCGCUGCGAGGAGCUAGCUGCGCUGCAGGAACCGCAGCAGCAGCAGGAGGAGCAGGAGGUUCAGACGGAGGAGAAGUCCCCGCCAGAAAUGGGCAAUUUGAGGAACCCGCUGUGCUGGGAGAACUCCAUGCUGACCCGACCGCAAAGGGCUCUGGUGAUUUGCCAACUGCCCACCGAGUUGGACGAAUCCAUUGCCCAAUCGCCGGAGAAACACUUCCUGGAGUAUUUUGUCCAGGAAUCGGUGGGCCUAAGACCCUGCUAUCUGCUCCUCUUCGACGAGCCGGUGGCCGCCAAACUAAUGAUGGCCUGGCCAGGCAGACGCAUCGAGGUGGAGAACAAUGGUCCUUCGCUGGCGCAGAGAUCGCGGGGCAGGAUCUUGGGAUGGACGAGAUUUCUGGGCAACCGACUGGGAGCCUUCAAGCGGACUGUGGCCUCCCUAUACACGGUAUAUACAUAGCUAUGUCUUUAGGAUCCUGGCCGUGUCCUUGAUCUUGGCUGGGUCAAGUCCUUCGUUCAAAGCCCCAUGGAGCUUGAAAAUGUUUUGAUUUUACUUUAACAAUUUUAAAUAAAUACAUAUUUGGUGGAA